AUGCGUACUAGAUUUUUUGGCGGCGCGUGCUCGGGAUUGCAGGCGCUGCUGCCGGAUGCCUUCGCGAGCUUCUUGCUGAGGGACAGAGGCAGCGCGAAGGAGCAGCUCCAGGAGGAAUCCGGAGCUCGGCUGGUCUUUAGCAACAAGGGGGAUUUCUUCCCCGACACGCUGUUGCGGGUGCUGGGGGUGUUCUCUGACACGGCAGAGGCUGUCAUGAUGGCCCUAGAUCUGAUACUCGGUAAGAUUGGAGAGUUGGCCGAGGAUGAACGAAGUCGACCGCCUCCAGCCGGCUGUGAGAUGCUCGGCGAGGAAGGCGAAUUCAUCUUCCGGCUUAUUCUCCCCCGCGACCUGACGGGGCUCCUCAUCGGCAACCAGGGUGCCAACAUCAAGCAGCUGCGACGGGAGAGCGGGGCAAAGAUUGUCUUUCGGGAUGACACCGUGGCGGGGCACCGCUUCAUCACCCUAAGCGGCGUCCCGGAGAGCCUGUCGGAGGCACUGCGUCGCAUUACGGAGUACAUGCAUCAGGAGUCCGGCUCCGAUGAGUUCCAGCAAUACCUGCGGGUCAUCAACUUCAAUGAUGCUGGAGCUCAUGAAGGAUCUGGAGGUCAGUGGAAUUCCGAUGGGCAAGGCAAGGGUGGCUACCGGCAGCCGCCCGCUGCUGUCCGCAUGGAGUCAAAGGCUUUCACCCAGGCCCCCGACGGCUUGCAUCUGCUGGGGGAGGACUUGGCCAUGCUACCACGUGGUGCUGCAGAGAUGUCUUACUCUGUGUCCUGUGUUCUGCCAGCACAGCUGGUUCCUGCUUUGAUUGGCAAGGCAGGUGAACUUGUCAGGAGCAUCCAGGAUAGGACUGGCGCCAAGAUCGACAUCUCUCGCGAUUCCAUCCCCGGCAAAGACGGUCUCAGGAAGAUGGAGUGCAUCGGGCCAUUGCUCAGCAUUUAUUCCGCCCACACGCUGAUGAUGCAGCGGUUGCAGGAGGUCGAGCAGACGCCACCGCCGGCCAGGAGACCUGAAAGAACAUCCUCGCCCCAUCGCUGGAGUGGACACCGCGGUGAAGCGAAGGAUGGCUAUCCGAGCGAUACUCGGACGGAGCGUCAAAAGGAGCUUGAGGCCAUGGUGGCUGAUUUGGAAAAGAAGCUGUCUGAAGCUAAAGCUAUGUCGUGA